AUGUAUAACCACUGUGAUAAAGGGCUGCUGCUUAACAGCCUCCUGGAAAUUAAGAAGCAGAGAUAAAUGCUGGAGUCAGAUAUGCACAAACUAGAAAAGAAACUGCAAGCCCAUGAUGAGUCACCAAAAGAAGUCUGUACAUGCUCUCAAUUAGGGAAUUUAUUAUCUCAGCAUCUGGGAAGUUCUUUGACCAAUCCUCUUGACUUUAUGGGUAUUGAUGGAUACCUGAACACCUUGAUGGAGAAUGGCACCAUAUCCAGUGAAGGAGGCUUCCAGGCUCAGAUGGAUCAAGUGAAAAGACAGUGUGCAGACUUUCACCAUGACUGUUGUGGGAUCAUAGGCAGCCUUAGGGCCAUAAACAUUUCUGGGGAUAUGGGAUUCUCUGGAAACAUGGGCAUCUCUGAAUCGAGGGGCAUCUAUGGGGCCACAGGCAUCUCUGGCAACGUGGAUAUCUCUGACACUAUGGACUGCUCUGAAAACAUCAGCAUCUCUGGGAGCAUGGGCAUCUUUGGGGACACAGGUAUCUCCAAGGCCAGCACAAAAGAAGCAGGCUGCUAUAAGCAACGGGAGCUUGAAACUCAUCACUUCCAUCCAAAUAGCAAGAAAAGAGUUGAGCAAAUUGAAGAUCCACAGCUUUUUAAAAGAUCCAUCAGAGAAUUUAGAUCACAGGACAAACUACUUUCCCCCAAAUUGGAGAGACAUGCAGAUACAGAGGAAUCACAGUUUAUCAGAGCAGAAAGCCAAGAAUAAAAACCUCCAUGUGAACCAGUAGGAGGUAGGAAAACUUAACAUUUAAUUGAAAUAUUACUGGAGACUCGGUAUAGAAAAGUUUGAGUUAAAAAAAACCAAAAACCUCCAAGUGUACCCAGGCACCCCAUUGAGGGCUUCUAUCAAGAAUACAUGCUGUACUUUUUCAAAUGCUUUUUCUCCAUCUAUUGAGAGGGUCAUAUGGUUCUUAUCCUUUCUUUUAUUAAUGUAGUAUAUCAUGUUAAGUUAUUUGCAAAUAUUGAAUGAUGCUUGGAGAUGUUGGUCAAAAUGUAAAAGCUUUUAAUUACAAGAAUAAAUUUAGGGAUCUAAAGUGCAGUAUGCUAACUACAGUUAACAAUACUGCAUUUUAUACUUGGAAGUUGCUAUGAGAGUAGAGCAUUAAUGUUCUCACCAUAACAGUAACAAAAUGGUAAUUAUAUGAGGUGAAAAAUGUUUUAACUAACCUAACUUGGUAAACAUUUUACAAUAUAUAUGUGUAUCAAAUUAUCACAUUUUAUACUUUAAACUUAAAUAAGAUUACAUAUCAAUUAUACUAAAAUAAGCUAGGAUAAGUUAAGAAAAGAAUACAAAUCAGAGUAUACUCUCAGACACAGUAGAAUUAAACUAAAAUUUGAUAACCAAAAGGUAACUGGAAAAGCCCAAUAUACUAGGAGAUUAAACACACGGGUCAAAGAAUAAUUCUCAAGAGAAAUUUAAAAAUAUUUCUAACUAAAUGCAAAUUAACAUACAAGUUAUCAAAAUUUAUGGGACACUGUGAAAGUAAUACUUAGGGGAAACUUUAUAUCAUUGAAUUAGAAAACAAGAAAGAUCUAAAAUAAAUAACCUAAGAUUCUACCUUAGGAAACUAGGAAAAGAAGAGUAAACUAA